ACAGAAACUGUGACACAGAGAACAUGUCAUUGUGACAUAACGUAGUGCUGCUAUUAUCGUGCUAUUAUAAAUUAUGACAAGCUUUGAUUUUGAAUUAAGGUUAUAUUCCAUGUGUUGGCCCUGUUUAUUAAAUAAAAGUAAAAAUUACGAUAAAAUAUGGCUACUAGCGUACAUCGUAUUCGUUAUUAUAAUCCCCAACCAACCCCAGUGAAUUGUAUCGCUUAUAAUAAAUUAAAUAAACAAUUGUCCCUCGCGAGGAAAGAUUCAAGUAUUGAAAUAUGGGACAUGACACAUUUCCCAUUCCUCUUAAAAUUCAUACCUGCAGUAAAGGACGGCUCAGUAGAAGCUCUAGGCUGGGUGAAAGACAGACUGCUUACAACCGGAUUAGGCGGUGCAUUAGUUGAAUGGAAUCUUGAAGAAAUGUGUAUAAGAAAUACAAUAUUAUUAACUGGAUAUGCUGCUUGGUGUCUUGAUGUUAGCCCAGACAAUACAUUAGUAGCUGUUGGUACUGAACAAGGCUAUGUCAACUUGUAUAAUGUUGAAAAUGAUGAUAUUAUCUACAAGAAGUUGUUUGACAAACAGGAAGGUAGAAUUCUUUGCUGCAAGUUUAAUGAAACAAGCAGCAUACUUGUUACAGGGUCAGUAAAUACAAUUAGGGUAUGGAAUGUCGAGACUGGACACGCAACUACACGUAUAUCAGUAAGCAGACGGGGUAAAGAAGUUAUUGUUUGGUCCCUUGUUACACUUGAGAACAAUAUUAUUGCAUCGGGUGAUAGUUUGGGUCGACUCACACUGUGGGAUGGCAAUACAGGUGAUGAGAUUGAAUCAUUUAUUAGUCAUAAAGCAGACAUCUUAACAAUAGCAGUGUCUGAAGACAAAAAUAAUUUAUUCUGCAGUGGAGUGGAUCCAACCAUAAUACAAUUUAGGAAAAUUAAGAAGUCUGACUCUGCAGAUGAGCAAUGGGUUAAGAGUUAUCAAAAUUCCAUAAAUCAGCAUGAUGUAAGAGAUAUUGCAGUAUUGGAUCAAAAAGUAUUGUCGGUUGGUGUUGAUGGAUACAUCUCAACAUUUCAUUAUGUUCGAAAAGGAUUUCAACGAAUACCACAUUUGUUGCCAACACCCAGAUCAUUGGUGUGUUCUUCCAAGAAAUUUUUACUUUUAAGGUACAGUAAUCAUUUAGAAGUUUGGAAACUGGGAGCAUUUCUAAAAGAUAAAUCAGGAAGGCCUGUAGCAGAACCUGCAAAUGUAAUCAUUAAAAACAAAAUAAAUACAGAAAAUAAUCAUUCAGACUGCGAGAAAGUAAAUGAAAUGUUAAAAAUAUCUGAAAACCCUGUGAAACUUCUAUCUCUGCAGACAAAAGGAAAAAAACAGAUUCAGUCAUGUGCCAUUUCACCAAAUGGAGAGCUUAUCGUUUACUCCACAGAGAGUCACACAAGGAUGCUUAAAUUGGAUAGUGAUGACGAAUCGAAUGUAUAUUUAUCUAAAGUCAUAUUAAAUGGUUCAAUAACGACAUGUAGCCAUUUCGCUUUCACAGAAGACUCUAAAGUGUUGAUCGUAUAUAACGCGGGUACCAUCAGUUUCCUUCAAGUGGAUCCUGAAGCAGGCGUCACCGUUACACAGACUAUCAACACUAAAAAACAUUUAAGUUGCAAAUCAAUAUUGCAUUUUCAAAUAUCAAAGAAAUGUCCUAGCAAUAAAGUGUAUUUAGUGGUAGCGGACACACAAGGUGAUAUAGUAAUAUGGACACAAAUUGGAAAGAAAUUCGAACACUAUAUAACAUUGCCGAAAUAUCAUUGUGUACCAUCGGCCAUGGUUGUCGAUGCCGAAAAGGAGACUUUGAUAGUAGCAUACGUUGACAGAAAGGUCGUAGAAUAUGAAUUGUUCGAGAAAAAAUUCAGUGAUUGGCCCGGCUCGGCCAUGCCCCCCGUGUGGUACGACACGAAGCAGUGCGUGCUGUCCGUACACCCGCACCCGAGCGGCCAGUCCGUCGUGUUCCAACACUUGAGAGAUCUGUUCGUAUUGGACAGGAAAGCGCAGUUUGAAAUGGAGCCAACCAAAAAGAAGAAAUCGGCGGACGCAGGCGAAAUGAAUCUAGGUUAUCAUAUUCUUCCCAUGAAGUAUCUCUCCGAUUUUUAUUGGCUCGGCAAGAGUGAAGCUGUUACGGUCGAGAUACUCCCAGAAAAUAUAAUGUCAAUGUUACCUCCCGUGGCGAUAAGAAAUAAACGAAGUGUUAAUUAAA